AGCGUUUCCGACCAUCCUUCAGUCCAUUUGCUGUCCGUAGAAAGAGAAGUCAAGACAUGAUUAAAGGGUUUGGAAGCUUAACUGGAGCAGCUCAACGUGUUGUGUCUGCUUCGUUGGUCAAACCGUGUUUGACCAACUCCUUUCGGCGUAUGUUGAGCACGUCAGUACAAGAGUGCUUUAUAGAGCGUUUAGAUGGAAAGGAUACAGGCAUUUCUGUGCUGAAUUUUAACCGUCCCGCCGCGAAAAACGCAUUGGGCCGUGUGUUUAUGAAGCAGUUUCAGGAUGCUCUCGAUGAGAUGCGCUUUGAUGACCAAGUUCGGGUUGUGAUAGUCCGAAGCUUGGUCAACAAGGUGUUUUGUGCCGGUGCGGACUUGAAAGAGCGGGCUACCAUGACACCUCCUGAGGUUGCAGGAUUUGUGUACGGACUGAGAACUGCGUUUGGAAAUCUUGAGUCAUUACCUGUCCCUACCAUUGCAGCGAUUGACGGAGCUGCUCUCGGUGGUGGGCUGGAGGUUGCUCUAUCUACGGACAUUCGGGUUGCAGGGGCUGGAGCCAAAUUGGGGCUACCUGAAACAAGGCUUGCGAUUAUUCCAGGAGCUGGGGGCACUCAGCGGCUUCCCAGACUUAUCGGCAUCCCAAAGGCGAAGGAAUUGAUAUUCACAGCUCGGACGCUGAACUCGGAAGAAGCGGAGAAAAUUGGGCUGGUAAACCAUGCUACCGCCGGAUCGGCGUACAACAAGGCUUUGGAGCUCGCUCGUCAGAUCCUUGACAAAGGUCCGGUGGCUAUCAAAAUGGCGAAGCUCGCGAUUGACAAGGGUUCUCAAGUGGAUAUAUCCUCCGGCCUAGCAUUUGAGCAGACCUGUUAUGCGCAAGUUAUUCCCACAGAAGAUCGUCUUGAAGGACUGGCUGCGUUCAGAGAAAAGCGGGAUCCUAUCUACAAAGGUCGAUGAAUCUGGGCGCCAAGGCACGGCAAGCGAGCAAGUCCACUAUUCUAGAAUCUCAAUGGCUCUUAUCGAAUCCGAGAAGUGCAUGAUCGCUGAUCGAAAGCGCUCAGAGUUGUAAUAUCCCAACCCAUUGAUCGGUCUUCACUUCAAACCACUCAUUUCCGGGCCGAUCAUAACGAUACUGGUCAUGAGAGGCAAUCUUUAUAUUGGCUACUGUUGCCGUAAAGCCCCCAAAAUGGAACGUGAAAACUUUACAUCCCUGAGCACUCUGAGUGCUGCACAAGGUUACUGACACCACAACCAGUUGAUAAAGUAUUGCGACAGUUUCCAAAAUUGCCCACAUCACGAAACUCUAUUAAUAUCAACAGCGAAACUCGUCCUAGUGUG